AAUUGUCCCCUCAGACAAAAAGACUCGAUACUUAUGUAUAUUUCCAUAUUUAUAAGCAGUUUGCAUACGCAGCUGAUCCGCGUUUGCGUAAUAUACAUAUUAAAUGAGAAUCGAAAAUACGAGUUUAUUUUUCAAUAUCUCCUGGCCGUUAUUUCGUAAACCAAGAAAGAGUAAACAGUAAGACAUAUAUUAGAAAAUGUAUAUUCUAAAUGAAAUUACACGUCAACCGGAAGAGUUUUAAGUGCUGGAAAUUUCAACGAAAGAGACUACAGACUACAGUUUUCUAAAAACGGAAACAUACGGUUUCUACUUUCUCGUACAUUAAACGCGAAUGAUUGUUCAGAACGCGUGAAAGGAAGUGAACAGAUGUCUUAUAAACAACUGUCAAACAUUUCAUUAAUUUUGUCAGUGUAAUCGAAUUCCGUUUUUUUGAAGACGUUUCUAUAAUAACAUCUUCGGACAUCAAAAUUGGACGUGAUUGCGUGGUAUUUAAGUAAUUUCAAUGAUGAAAUUACUAGCAGGGGUCGAAGAGGUGAGCGACGAAAAUGUGAAGCAAUCGGACGACAAUCAGUCGCAGAACAAUAACCAUGAAAAGCAACCGAAAACGGAUAUUGCACAAGAAACGGUCAAGUUAAUUACCGGCGAGGUAUACCGGCCGUGCUCCAAGAAACUGGAGGACUCUCCUUUUAAAGGUAAAAUCACGCCUGAAGAUGAGGAGAAAAUGAGACGACUUCUUCCUUACGAAGAAGCGGCUGAAUAUCUUCAACACAAUCCUUACAUUCUCCACGGAUACCGAGGAUAUCUUACUACAAAAUUAUGUAUAGAAAGUAUAUUUUGGUGGACAAACGAAACAGUGAAUAUAUGGAGUCACAUAUUCGGCUGGAUGUUAUUCUGCGGUCUGACUCUGUACGAUCUUUGUCUACUGAAUAUCCACGCGCCUUUCAGCGACAAGAUGAUAGUAGCUCUUUUACUGAUCUGUUUCCAGGCAUGCAUGAUAUUAUCAUCGAUAUAUCAUACGUUUUCCUGCCGAAGCGAGAAAGACUAUUGGUGCCUUUUAUCGUUCGACUUGUUUGGCAUAGCUUUAAGCCUACUGUCAAUAUACAUGUCGGGCGUUUACUACGCUUUUUGGUGCCAUAAGGAGUUACAGAGCUUUUAUUUGAUAACCGUGUUGGUAAUUUUUAUAUUUGCAAUGAUUCUGCAAAUACCAAAGCUGAACGUGAAUGGUAAUGUCAAGCUAGUCGUAUUCGUCGCCUGGGCGGCUUAUGGAGUGCUCCCAACGCUGCAUUGGAGCAUCGCUAUGGGUGGUCUGGAAAACCCGAUCGUUAGAAUGCUUCUUCCGAGGGUAUUAGGAAUGUAUGUUAUUAGCGGAGUGGCGUUCAUUAUUUAUUUAAGCAAAAUACCAGAACGAUUCUGUCCAGGAUGGGUAGAUUACAUUGGGUCUUCUCAUCAAUGGUGGCAUGCGUUAGUAGUGCUGGCCCUUUACUAUUGGCACAAUACUGGAAUGCUUUACGUGGAAUACAGAAUGAAUCACGGAUGCCCAAGCAAUAUAAAGCUGUUAUGACAAACGGAGACUGACGACCAUUCAGGCCUUGGCUUUAAUAUGGAAUGUGCUUGCGCUAUGGAAUUCAAUGUUUGGUCGUCAGAAUACUAUAACAAAUUAUCAUUCCACUCUACUGAGAAGAACGCUACUUGCGUAAUGGAGAAUCCACUGCAAGCGUACUCUUGUCAACGGGUACCCUGAUCUUACAAGAUCUACACGCACGUACAUAUCACCAGGCAUAUUGGAAAGAAAACACGAUAAUUCACGUUAACAAUAUGUGACGUAUACUGAUAUUAGUAACUUUUAUUUAUUUUGUAUUUAUAAAUUUUAAAUAGACGUAUUUCGUUUUCUUUUUAUUAUUUUAA